GAAAAAAUCGAUAUUUUUAUGUAGACUUUAGUCGAAAUUUACGUGCCAUAUAGGUUUAGAGUAGCCAAAAUAUAUUCUUCCUAGCGACAAUAAUAAUAUUGAGAUAUAUACGAGUAUUUACAUAAUAAGAGGAUGACGGAUUCGAAAAAUUUGGAAGCUGUGUGCGGUAGCGUGAUGGAUGGGGUCGCUGAAAAGGGAGGGGUGGAGUCCCCUACCAAGAAAUGCCCGGUGGAAUACAAAGUAUUUCCAAUUAGAUGGCUGGUUUUGUUCAUAUUCGUGCUGUACUCGGCCUCUAACUCGAUGCAAUGGAUACAGUACACCAUAAUUCAGGACGCGAUCGUCAAGUACUACGGGGUCAGCAGCAUCACCGUGUACUGGACGUCCAUGAUCUACAUGAUCGCGUACAUUCCGCUGAUCUUCCCCGGCAGCUACCUGUUGGAUAAAACUGGUCUCCGAGUGACAACGAUCAUCGGCUCCUUCGGAACAUGCGCGGGCGCUUGGCUGAAGGUGUUCUCAGUGCCGCAGGACAUGUUCUGGCUCGGCUUCACCGGCCAGACUGUGGUGGCAGUGGCCCAAGUCUUCAUCCUCAACUUACCGCCACGCUUGGCAGCUGUGUGGUUCGGAGCUGAUCAGGUCUCCUCUGCUUGCAGUAUCGGCGUGUUUGGUAAUCAGCUCGGCGUAGCGCUGGGAUUCUUUCUGCCUCCGAUGCUGGUGCGAGCCCAGGGUACGAUGGAAGAGAUCGGUGCCGACCUGCAGGUCAUGUUUUACCUGGUGGCCGGUCUCACCAGCGUUCUGUUCGUGUUUAUUGUUCUCUUUUUCAAAGCGGCACCACCAAGCCCCCCAUCCGCAGCAGCAGAUAUGGGUGCUGCUUUGGACUCCAACUUCCUGCAGUCAAUCAAGAAGCUGCUCACCAAUCGGAACUACAUCUUACUCCUCAUCUCUUACGGUCUCAACGUCGGAGUGUUUUACGCCAUCUCGACUCUGCUCAACGAACUCGUGCUUACUUACUAUCCGGGAGCUAACGCAGACGCCGGUCGCAUAGGCCUGGUGAUAGUCGUGGCUGGUAUGGUCGGCUCUGUGGUCUGCGGCUUCAUAUUGGACAAGACUCACCGCUUCAAGGAGACCACGCUCGCGGUGUACGCAGCUACAGUUGUCGGCAUGAUUAUAUUCACCUUCACCUUGGACUGCGGAUAUAUUUCUGUUGUUUACUUCAGCAGCAUUUUCCUUGGUUUCUUCAUGGCCGGCUAUUUGCCCGUUGGGUUCGAGUUCGCUUCCGAAGUCACUUACCCCGAACCUGAAGGAACUACAUCUGGAAUUCUCAACGCUUGUGCUCAGGUGUUUGGCACAGUGUUAACGCUGUUGUUCGAAUGGAUGCUGGGCAGAGUUGGGGACCGUUGGGCCGACCUCGCCAUGUGCGGCGUCCUCGCGUUGGGCACCGCCGUCACCGCGGCCAUCCAGCCCGACCUGCGGCGACAGGCCGCGCAGAACAAGGCGUAAACACAUGUAUAUCAGUUACUGAGGGCAGGGUUCGCUGACCAUAAAUCACAUAGCCCAUAGGUGAAGACUACGCGAUCAUCGAUCAACUAAUACUGUACCUAAAUAAAUUAAAUAUUAAAAAAAAAACUAAAAAAAUAC